AGAGAAUGCAUUCAAUCAAAUGAACCGAUCUUGUAGAAACACUGGAAUCAUUUAUGCAUUGCAGUUUCUCUUUCUUGUUUUCGCUCCUUCUUCCCUGGGAUAUUUUAAGUGGAUUCUGGCUAUUAAUCAAGAUCUCGUGCUGUUCGCGGUUUGCUUGUCGUUUUCGCUCAGGAUUAGCAUCAUUCAAGAUAAACGCAAAGCUGCUUCCCCCCACCCACUCUCUUUUGAAAAAUCAUUUUUGGGGUCUGCUGAAGAGAGCUAGGACCCAGGAGACACCUUCCCAAACAGCAGGGGUUGUGUGCUUUCACAUAGCAGUACUGUACAAGGAAAACCCCGUCGGAUCUGUUAUUGCGGGAUACUUGUGAAAUACACAUAGGAUUCUUUCUUAUGGCUGCAUCCCGGAUCUGGAAAUUUUACUUGGGGACCAGGAAGAUUUGAAAGGCUACAUGUAUUCAGAAGAUUUGCAAGCAAGACUCCGAUUCUUGUCAUAGAGCUCACAGACUUCUUCACUUAGCGUCCGUUUUCCGUUUUCCUUCCUUCUUAAAAAAAUACCAAAAAACAAAAACAAAAAACAAAAGAACAAAAAAACCACACAUUUAAAUUUUUCUCCUCUUUUUCUGAUCUUUCCUCCUUCAGUGUCUCCGUUUUUUAUUCUGCCGUUUCUUUUUUCCUCCUAGUAUUUUUUUUUUCCCUUCCCUGCUCUGCACCUGGAUUGUAUCGUCACUAAACAAUCGGGCACUUUGAGAACUAACUGGAGACAGUCUUGUAGGGAAGAUCUGUAUGGAAUUAUCUGCUUUUAUGGUGAACUUGGCAUUUGUGAAUGGGUAUCUUGUUCACAAUAUUAAUUGCUAGCCUAAACAAGAAAAAGAACACAGGAGUAAAACGUGGAUUUUUCUGAAUACGCAUUGUGAUGACCAGCAAUUACCUUACCGACUGAUAUCCAGAGGAGAAUAAUUCGGAAGACUCUUGUGGGAACAGCCUUUAAGAACUGGAAGAUGAAAGCUCCCAUUCCACAUUUGAUUCUAUUAUAUGCUACUUUCACUCAAAGUCUGAAAGUUGUGACCAAAAGAGGUUCUGCUGAUGGAUGCACUGAUUGGUCUGUUGAUAUCAAGAAAUACCAAGUUUUGGUGGGAGAGCCUGUUAGAAUCAAGUGUGCACUCUUUUAUGGUUACAUCAGAACAAACUACUCCCUUGCCCAAAGCGCUGGACUCAGCUUAAUGUGGUAUAAAAGCUCUGGUCCUGGAGAUUUUGAAGAGCCCAUUGCCUUUGAUGGAAGUAGAAUGAGCAAAGAAGAAGACUCCAUUUGGUUCAGACCAACGUUACUACAGGACAGUGGGCUUUAUGCCUGUGUCAUCAGGAACUCCACAUACUGUAUGAAAGUAUCCAUCUCACUGACAGUAGGAGAAAAUGACACUGGACUCUGCUACAAUUCCAAGAUGAAGUACUUUGAAAAAGCUGAACUUAGCAAAAGCAAGGAAAUUGCAUGCCGAGACAUAGAGGACUUUUUAUUACCAACCAGGGAACCUGAAAUCCUUUGGUACAAGGAAUGUCGAACAAAAGCAUGGAGACCAAGUAUUGUCUUCAAAAGAGAUACCUUACUCAUAAGAGAAGUCAAAGAAGAUGACAUUGGAAACUAUACCUGUGAACUAAAAUAUGGCGGCUUUGUUGUGAGAAGAACCACUGAGUUAACUGUUACAGCUCCUCUGACUGAUAAGCCACCUAAGCUUCUGUACCCUGUGGAAAGUAAACUGACAAUUCAGGAGACUCAACUAGGUGACUCCGCCAACCUCACCUGCAGAGCUUUCUUUGGGUACAGUGGAGACGUCAGUCCUUUGAUUUACUGGAUGAAAGGAGAGAAGUUUAUUGAAGAUCUGGAUGAAAAUAGAGUUUGGGAAAGUGACAUUAGAAUUCUUAAGGAACAUCUUGGAGAACAGGAAGUUUCUAUCUCAUUAAUUGUUGACUCUGUGGAAGAAGGUGACCUGGGGAAUUAUUCCUGUUAUGUUGAAAAUGGAAAUGGACGUCGGCAUGCCAGUGUUCUCCUUCAUAAACGAGAGUUAAUGUACACCGUUGAACUUGCUGGAGGGCUUGGUGCUAUCCUCUUGCUGCUUGUUUGUUUGGUGACCAUCUAUAAAUGUUACAAGAUAGAAAUCAUGCUGUUCUACAGGAAUCAUUUUGGAGCUGAGGAGCUGGAUGGAGACAACAAAGAUUAUGAUGCCUACCUGUCAUAUACCAAAGUGGACCCUGACCAGUGGAACCAAGAGACUGGGGAAGAAGAACGUUUUGCCCUUGAAAUCCUACCUGAUAUGCUUGAAAAGCAUUAUGGAUAUAAGUUGUUCAUACCAGACAGAGAUUUGAUCCCAACUGGAACAUACAUUGAAGAUGUGGCAAGAUGUGUAGAUCAAAGUAAGCGGCUGAUCAUUGUCAUGACCCCAAAUUAUGUAGUUCGAAGGGGCUGGAGCAUCUUUGAGCUGGAAACCAGACUACGAAACAUGCUUGUGACUGGAGAAAUCAAGGUGAUACUGAUCGAAUGCAGCGAACUCCGAGGAAUUAUGAACUACCAGGAGGUGGAGGCCCUCAAGCACACCAUCAAGCUCCUCACGGUUAUUAAAUGGCAUGGACCAAAAUGCAACAAGUUGAACUCGAAGUUCUGGAAACGUUUACAGUACGAAAUGCCUUUUAAGAGAAUAGAGCCCAUUACACACGAGCAGGCUUUAGAUGUCAGCGAGCAGGGGCCUUUCGGGGAGCUGCAGACUGUCUCGGCCAUUUCAAUGGCUGCCGCCACCUCCACAGCUCUAGCCACUGCCCACCCAGAUCUCCGUUCUACCUUUCACAACACCUACCAUUCACAAAUGCGUCAGAAACACUACUAUCGAAGCUAUGAGUACGAUGUACCUCCCACGGGCACCCUGCCACUUACCUCCAUAGGAAAUCAGCAUACUUACUGUAACAUCCCCAUGACACUCAUCAAUGGGCAGCGGCCACAGACAAAGUCAAGCAGGGAGCCGAAUCCAGAUGAGGCCCACACAAACAGUGCCAUCCUGCCGUUGUUGCCGAGGGAGACCAGUAUAUCCAGUGUGAUUUGGUGACAGAAAAGCAAAGGACAUCCCGUCUCUGGGCGUUUGAAAGAAAUCUGCAGUCCAGUGCCUGGAACUCAAUCCUCCACUGCUGCUGUUAAACAAACAAACAAACAAACAAACAAACAUGCAUUACAAUCUCUAGAACACGAGGAAAAACAGGGUCUUGUACAUAUAUUUUUUGGAAUUUCUUUGUAGCAUCAGUGUUUUCCUGUUUUACCAUGUCUCUUCCCAUUACAUUUUUUUACUUUGUUUUAUAUGUCAUUGGAUUUGUAAAUUUACAUUUUUUUUUAAAGAAGAGACUGAUGUGUAGAUAGAAACCCUUUUUUUUUUUGCUUCAUUAAUUUAGUUUUAGAAUGGGUUUUUUAUGUUCUUUUUAAAUUUUGUUUUGCUUUUAACAUUUCCUUGGGGUGCUUGGACAAAUCUAUCUGAUGGGACAAGGAGCACCGGAUCCUCUCUCGGGUUCUUCCUAGGACCAGCUGGGCCACAACGGCCUUCAGAGAGCAGUGCACCUGAGCGCCAGCAUUGCACUGCAGUUUGGGAACAAAAAAGAGAGAGAAAGAGAGAAGAACAUUUGCUCAUAAGAGGGCCCUGCCAGUCAGAGCCCUGAAAUCUCUUCCUUGUCCCCACCUCAUUCCCCACCUCUACCCUUCUCGUGGCAGCAUGGUAUGUAGAACUCUGCAGAGGGUAGGGGUAGGCCUAACUGUCUUAACAUUUAAUUCACUUUGCUUCAGAACACACUCUAGACCCAAAGUCGUGCUAGUCACAUAGCAGUGACUGCUACAGAGUGACCACUACAGAAUGAAGAUCGAAGGCAUGAAAAUGGGGAGAGUGCUGCUUCUGUUUUUUUAAAAUGAGUUGGU